AUGAGCUCUCUUCGUUUCGCUCGCUCUGCCCUGAGGGCCCGUCCCUCUGCCAUUCGCGUCCCUGUCCAGCGCAGAGGUUACGCCGAGGCCGUCUCUGACAAGAUCAAGCUUUCGCUUGUGCUUCCUCACCAGACCAUUUUCCGCUCCACCGGCGCCAACCCAUCCGUCACUACGCCCCUACUGACCAGUUAUGCCUCCAGUGUCCAGGUCAACAUUCCCGCCGAGUCCGGAGAGAUGGGUGUCCUCGCCAACCACGUCCCCUCCAUCGAGCAGCUCAAGCCCGGUCUUGUUGAGAUCGUUGAGGAGGGCGGUGCCAGCAAGAAGUUUUUCCUCUCCGGUGGAUUUGCUGUCGUCCAGCCCGACUCCCAGCUGAGCAUCAACGCUGUCGAAGGCUUCCCCCUUGAGGAUUUCAGCGCUGAGAACGUCCGGUCCCAGAUCGCUGAGGCCCAGAAGAUUGCUAGCGGCAACGGCAGCGAGCAGGACAUUGCUGAGGCUAAGAUUGAGCUUGAGGUUCUGGAGACCCUGCAGGCUGUUCUGAAAUAG